CCUAAAGGAAAUCAAGGAGGGGGUCAGGAAGGGGACCGGUUGGGGCCACAUAGGGUCUUCAGGACUGGGGCUGUGGCCAGGCGCCCCGAGAUGCCCAACAGUUAUGUAGGGCCAGAUUCUGUCCACUUGCUUGUGUGAAACAUGGGUGUGUGUGUUUGUCUGGGUCUGUCUGUGUGACCAUCUUCAUACUGUAUUUGUGUGAAUGUAUCUGUGGUGGGCUAGAUAGUAGUCCCCAAAGAUACCAGAUCCUAGUGCCCAUGUUUCACACAAGCAGACACUGUCAGUAGAAACCCACAUUCAUGGGUCCCACAUGGUCACACACUCAUUCAAACCUCUUGCCGUCAACCUCCUCAAGCCAGAUCUGGGAGGCCACAGAGCUCUUCCCAGUCCCAUUAUUUCAUAGGUCCCAGGUGACAGCCUUCCUUUCCCCAUAAAAACCAUGUAAGUCCCUCCUCUGUCCCCUCUGCCUAGGAAGUCUUGGCUCAUCCCCACCUUCAGAAAUUAGCCUAUCUUGAGGCCUUAAAGUUUAAGGUCUUGUUCUGAGCUAGCUGCCUCCUCCACGCAGCCCACCUUGCUCUGCCAUUUCCUGCUCAUAGCCUGCCUUGCUGCCACACCCCGCAGGUUCUCAGAGCAUGUGAACUGAACAGUAGAAAAUCAAAGGUCACCGAGCAGAGCUCUUAAAGGCUGAUUGUAAGUAUGUGCCACAGUCCCUGAGUUUGGGAGCUUGGUGACUGUUGGACGGACAUCGAAGAGUUGGUUGAGCCAGAACACUUUGGUCUGGGGUAUGGACGGGGCUGGAAAUCCCCCUAGGACUUGACCCUAGAUAGGCUCCCGGAUCCCCAUCUCUGCGCCUGAGUGCUAGACCUAGGGGUCGACUCUGCAAACCAGCUAGAGGCCUCCUGCUCCAGCAUGGAGCCCCGCGCUACCGCUGCCCGCGAGCUGCUCCUGGGCGUACUGGAAGACCUGAGCCAAGAGCAGCUGAAGCGCUUCCGCCACAAACUGCGGGACGAGCGGGUGGACGGUCGCAGCAUCCCGUGGGGGCGGCUGGAGGGCGCGGACACCUUGGACCUCGUGAAGCUGCUGGUCCAUUUCUACGGGCCAGAACGCGCGCUGGACGUGGCCCAGAAAACCCUGAAGAGGGCAGACGUGCGCGACGUGGCGGCGCAGCUCAAGGAGCGUCGGCUGCAGAGUCUCGGCCCCAGCUCCCCGGCGCUGCUCUCCGUCUCAGAGUACAAGAAGAAGUACCGGGAGCACGUGCUGCGGCAGCACGCUAAGGUGAAGGAGCGGGACGCUCGCUCAGUGAAGAUCAACAAGCGCUUCACCAAGCUGCUCAUCGCCGAGGAGCCGGAGGCCGAAUGCGCCCGGCGCUCAGACACCCACACCUUCAACCGCCUGUUCGGCCGCGACGAGGACGGCGAGAGACGGCUGACCGUGGCGCUGCAGGGCCCUGCGGGCAUCGGCAAGACCAUGGCGGCCAGGAAAAUCCUGUAUGACUGGGCAGCGGGCAAGCUGUACCACAGUCAGGUGGACUUUGCCUUCUUCCUGUCUUGCCGCGAGCUGCUGGAGCGACCGAGCAUGUGCAGCCUGGCCGACCUGAUCCUAGACCAGUGCCCCGACCGCAAGGCACCGGUGCAGCAGAUGCUGGAGCAGUCCGAGAGGCUGCUGUUCAUCCUGGACGGCGUGGACGAAAUGCUGGCGCCGGAGCCGGCCGAGGCCAUGCCCUGCACAGACCCCCAUGAGGCCACGAGCGGUGCGCGGGUGCUGGGGAGCCUGCUGAGCAAGGAGCUGCUGCCCACAGCACGCCUGCUCGUGACCAGGCGAGCCGCCGCCCCCGGGAGGCUGCAGGCCCGCCUGUGCUCACCGCAAUGCGCCGAGGUGUGUGGCUUCUCAGACAAGGACAGGAAGAAGUACUUCUACAAGUUUUUCCAGGACGAGUGGAAGGCGGAGCACGCCUACCGCUCUGUGAAGGAGAACGAGAUGCUCUUCUCCCUGUGCUUCGUGCCUGCCGUGUGCUGGAUCGUGUGCACCGUUCUGCGCCAGCAGCUCCAGCACGGCCAGGACCUGUGGCGCACUUCCAAGACCACCACGUCCGUGUACUUGCUCUUCGUGGCCAGCGUCCUGAGAUCGGCGCCCGCGGCCGAUGGGGCCCAGCUGCAGAGAGAGCUGCGCAAGCUGUGCCGCCUGGCCUGUGACGGCGUCCUUGGGGGCAGGGCGCAGUUCUCAGAGGAGGACCUGGAACGGCUGCAGCUCUGCGGCUCCAAGGUCCAGACGCAGUUUCUCAGUAAGAAGGAGAUGCCAGGCGUGCUGGAAACAGAGGUCACCUACCAGUUCAUCGACCAGAGCUUCCAGGAAUUCUUAGCUGCUCUGUCGUACCUGCUGGAGGACGAAGGGGCUCCCAGGGCAGCUGCUGGCGGUGUAGAGGCACUUCUGCAGGGGGACCCGGAGCUGCGCAGCCACCUCAAGCUCACUACACGCUUCCUCUUUGGACUACUGAACGCAGAGAGGAUGUGCGAGAUCGAGCGCCACUUCGGCUGCUCUGUUUCAGAGCGCGUCAAGCAGCAUGUCCUGAGGUGGGUGCAGGAACAGGGACAGGGCCGCCCUAGGGCGGUGCCAGAGGGGACAGAGGAGAUCCUGGCGCCCCAGGGCACUGAGGAGUCAGAGGAGGAGGAGGGCGAGGAGCUCAACUACCCGCUGGAGCUGCUCUACUGCCUGUACGAGACGCAGGAGGACACAUUUGUGCACCAGGCCCUCCGCGGCCUCCCUGAGCUGGUGCUAGAGCGCGUGCACUUCAGCAGAAUGGACCUGGCCGUCCUGAGCUACUGUGUGCGGUGCUGCCCAGAAGGGCAGGCGCUGCGGCUGGUCAGCUGCAGACUGGCCGCUGCACAGGAGAAGAAAAAGAAGAGCCUGAUGAAGCGUCUACAGGGCAGCCUGGGUGGCAACUCCUCUCGAGCCACCACGAGAAAACCCCCAGGCUCCCCCCUGCGCCCACUCUGUGAGGCCAUGACCGACAAACAGUGUGGUCUGAACAGCCUGACGUUGUCCCACUGCAAACUCCCCGACUCGGUCUGCAGAGAUCUCUCUGAGGCCCUGAGGGAGGCCCUGGCCCUGGCAGAGCUGGGCCUCUUCCACAACGGGCUCAGCGAGGCCGGCCUGCGUGUGCUGAGCGAGGGCCUGGCCUCGCCCCAGUGCCGGGUGCAGACACUCAGGGUUCAGCAGCCUGGCCUGCAGGAAGCACUCCAGUACAUGGUUGGCAAGCUCCAGCAGAUCCCAGCACUGACCACCCUGGAUCUCAGCGGCUGCCAGCUGUCAGGACCUACAGUGACCUGCUUGUGCACCACCCUAAAGUGCCCAGGAUGCCGCCUGCAAACCCUCAGGCUGACCUCUGUGGAACUGAACGAGCAGUCCCUGCAGGAGCUUCGAGCUGUGGAGACAGCAAACCCGAGACUACUCAUCACACACUCAGCACUGGACAUCCAUCCCAAGCCCCCCAAAGUGUUCAUUAGUGCCCUUUGAGGUCCUGAAGGCCAGAACUAGGGAGGAAUUUGGUCAGCCCUACAGAGUAGACCUCCCCAUUUCAAGGACGAGAGAAUGGUGCUCUCUGCUCUGGGCAACCCUUGAGCCUGAGGGGCCCGGGACAGGCAGGUGGGAAACUCAGACAGACACGGCCCUCGCCUGCCCCGGGGGCAGGCCCAGGACAUGUCCCUUCCCCCACACCCUGGGGACAGCUUAUGUCUCUGUCCUCCCUACAGGGAAGAGGGCCCCCUCCCCUAACCCUCACCGCUGCCCCACCCAGGUUUCUCUCCUGGGACCCUCCAGCCCUCCCACUGCAGGGUGAAGCUGAGAGCGCCAGGAACUGAGCACCGACCAUGUGUUGCCUCUACCUGCUGAGCUCAGCGUGAGAUGACCCAUUUGUGGACCCUGCCCCACUCAGUACAGGCACCCAGAGCCCAACCACGCUGCUCUGGCCACAGGGGAUCAAGCAGGGGCCAAGGCGCCCAGAGGUGUCCAGUUGCUCUCUGAGGACUUAAGUGACCAAGGGGAGUGGAGGUGGAGCUCUGAGCAGGGCUGUGAUGGCACAGGUGGUAUGAGCCCCAUGUGCUGAUAAUAAAUUCUCCUUGGGAUUCA